CACACGUUUCCACAUGAUGAAUCGGUGACAUCAAAAAGAGACGAAGCUUCCGCUGAACUGUGGAUGGUGUGACGGGGGCGCGAGCGCUUAUAUAAGCCAAACUUUAAAAGAUGCACACCGUUAAUCCCGGCCUUGCAGGUCAGAAGUGGAGCAGAGAAGAUUAAAACAACUUUUUUUAACACAAGGUCGAGACUGAUAAAGAGGUUUUUACGCAUAAGGCAACAGCUUCGUAUACAGAACAGGAAUCCGAAGUUGCAAUGAGGGCGGUGUGUCUCCUCAUCCUCGUCUCAUUAGCGGUGUUCAGCAUUCAGUGCCAAAAUGUCCCGAGUGACUCUGGUGGAGAAAAUCCGACUCUGGAUGAGGUGUUAGAGCGCGCCGAGGGCCAGCUCCUCCGCUCCUUCCUCCAGAAACAGGAGGACGACGAGAGCGCAGACGACCUGUUUCCGGUGCAGGCAGACUGGUUGGUGAAAAGGCAACACCCGGGCAAGCGGCAGCAUCCCGGCAAGCGCGAUGAGGACGAUUAUGAAGAGGAGUACGCGGAGUUUCAAAAGCGCCAGCAUCCCGGAAAGCGCGAAGACGAGUCGGACUUGUUCGUAGAGCUCCAGCGACGGCAACAUCCGGGCAGGCGCUCGGAGCUGGCAGGUCAGACGUCGGUACAAAGCGAAAUACUGAGCGAGUUUUCCAAGAGGCAGCACCCGGGGAAGCGGUACGACGCGUACGACAAGCGCCAGCAUCCCGGCAGGCGCGAGGCGGAGGACGGCGCAGCGAGCGCGGUGGACUUGUGGGAACUGGACAAACGACAGCAUCCUGGGAAAAGGUUCUGGGACCCUUCGGAUGUGUCCACUGGAAGUCCGUGUGAUGCCCCGGGCUGCAGUAAAGCCAGUCUGCUGCUCCAGUUGCUCAAUGAAGUGAAGCAAAGUCGCGCAAACGAGAAACGCCAGCACCCCGGCAAGCGGCUGAGCGCGCAGGAAGAGCUGCAGGAGAUGCAUUAGGCUACACGUUCACACUGUGACGACAAAUUAAACAGUUACAAGAAAGAAAAAUUCAUUCACAUCGGCACAUCGGUACAGUUUCCUUCCACCUGUGCCCUUACCGCGCCACAUGAGAUAUAUGCCAAAUGUUUGGCUUUUUACAUAGGUAUCACAUCAUGAUACCUUUGUUUAACUUUUAAUUAGUUCAUUAGUUAAAGUCUGUCAGUUGGGAUCAUUUACAGGUUAUUAUACAAGUUAAUGAAACAGUAACGCGUAGUUACGCAGAGUAAACGCUUUGCGUAAACGUGUCCAAAUUACGCACAACUAUACUGCAGCUCCUUCUUGUGCUAGAGCUCGUUAAUAGCCAGUCUGACUUCUUUCUCACUUUGCUGCACUAGUUUAGCCAAAGAGCCGACGGUGUUUACGUUCUCUUUCGAGCAGAAUUGACCACAUUCAGCGCUUAGGCUACAACAUGCAUAUCUCGUGUAUAGUAAACUAAACUGCGGUAAUAUCUCAUGUGGCCACGCAAAAGCUCAAACUGCACCACUUUCCGCUUCUCCUCCCCAGUCCUUGUGUUAGUAAUGUAUACCUUAUGUAAAAUUCGAGUGAAUAUUCCCUUGCAAGACGGGGUCGUCGAAUUAUUUUUCUACACUAUAUGCCUGCAUGAGUUGGAGAGCUUGUCAAUCUGUAAAUGAUUUUUUUUUUGUUCUAUGGAUAUACAGCACACAUGUAAAUUGCAGUUAUUGCUGUACAAUAAAAUGCUUUCGAUGCGAACGACUAGAAGCACCAAACGACGACCAGAAACGAGC